AUGGAGGAAGGAAAAGAAAAGGCAGCACGUUGCUCAAGUCACAUCAUUGAAGAAAAACUGGGUAUUCGCCUGAGCAACGUUUCAGACUUUCCUCUUCUGACUGAUGAAAAGUUUGAUUUUGACCUUUCACUGUCUCCUGCAAGUGGAAAUGAAGAUGAAGUUUUUGUUGGACCUCUGGGACACAAAGAAAAGUGUAUUGCUGUCAGCAUUGAAGGAACAAGAAGUGCUGAAAAAAACAUAUCUCUUUCUGAUGAUAAACUUAUGUGGAGCCCACUUACAGGAGAGAAAUAUGUUGAAAUUUUCAAAGAGGCUAAUUUGUUAGCACUGCAGAUAGAGACUGGAAAUAAGAAUGAACAGAGUAAUGUAAGCCAGUCAGAAGAACAAGAAAACAAGGUUAUAGAAAAAUUUGUGGAAGACUCCAAGUCAAAACUGAAAAUACUGAGAAACAAAAAUAUGGAAAAAAGCCCCAGGUCUAUUAAAAGGGAGACAUACUGUGUGUCGGAGAGUCCAGUCUGUCAACUGCCACCUCCUUUUCAGAAGGAAUCAAAUAAACCUUUGUCAGAUGUCAAAACACAUGCUCCUCAUACUCCACCAAACAGAAGCCCUGUUAAAAUUUGUAUAUCUCCCAAAAUUGCUGGCUCGCCUCUGACUCGAGACCAGAAAAUUAAGGAAAGAAAUAAGAAGGCAACUGGCAAACUGCAAAUGGCAAAGACUUGCUCUACUCUUGAAAAAAACAACUUGUUGACUGUAGAAAAGCCCAAACCAGGAAAACACAGUAGCAUUUCUACAAAAAGAGACUUGAAUAGCAUGGGAUCAUCUGAAGAUUUUAUUUCUGAUAAAUCAAGUGCUGCUUCAGAUGUCUUUGAGUCUUCAUUCAGUGGCAGUUCCUCAGUGCAAGACAAAAGAGCCCUUCCUGCACCAAGUAAGUUGGGCUUAAAGAAGAUGACAAGUCAUCUGAAACUUCCUGGUGUUGCUAGUGGUCUCACAGGAAAGACUACUUCUUCUUCUUCUUCGUCAUCAGUUUCCAGUGUGAACUCAAGUCUGAAUUCAAGUUUAUCCAUUUCUCCCAUACACAAAAAUGGUAAAUCAAGUGCGUCUUCAAAAGCUUCUGUGGGUGGUUCUAAACUUUCAUCUAAUACAAAUAGGCUGGGCCUGGUCAAGCCUACCAGAGUGUCAUCUCUGCAGGCCGCCAAUGCUGAGAGAUCUGGCAAGCAAGCAAGAUCAGCUAGUACUCCGAAAAUAUCUAGUGCUGUAAGCUUAGCUAAAUCUUCAGCUUCUGCAACGUCAUCUGAGGCUGUAGGCAGUGGAAUUCAGAGGCUUAGUUCUGUUCCCAAUCUGCAGAAGCUGUGUCAGCAGAAUAAAGAUGGAAGUACAACAAAAGGAAACUUGUGCCCCAAGCCCAAGACUAGAGUUCUGUCUGUUCCUACAAGUCAAGUUAAGAUUUCAGUGAAAGGUGGAGAGUCAACACCAGACAAAUCGGCACCAAAAGCAACAUCGUCCCUCGGAUUAACAUUUUGUGGCACGCUUGGAAGUGCCAUGGCAGUCAGCACUCCUGUGAAACAUUCAGAAGAUGGGGUCUCUCAGAAUGCUUGUUUUCGUGAGCGAUCUGUUUCAGUGACUCCUGCCAGUUUAAAACGGUCUGCCUUACCUACCCCUAUCCAUCGUCUCUCAGGAUUUCCAGCAGUGACUCCUAGAACUGCGCCAAGAAUGGCAGUUUCUCCACAUCUUGCAUCCGUUCGCCAAAGUUUCAGCCUUUCUACCAAAAAGGCUCUUACAGCUGGUUCUAAGCAGAUGCGAGAGACUAAGACUCAGAUAUCUUCAGAAGAUGAUAUAUCUCCUCCGCCUGUGCUACCUCUUACACUUGACUUUUCACCAGGAAAGACUACAGAAAUAGUAGAAAGUGAAUUAAAAGAGGCUGGAGUACAAAAUCAGGUGGCUGAUGAGAGACACACUAAUGAGGCCUUACUAUUAGAUUUUGGAAUAGAUAAAUCCCUCCCUCACGCUUUGGAAUGUGAAAGUAGGCCUCUGAUUGAUCUUUCCAAUACUCCUGAAGUGAAUAAGAUUGUUCCUCUAAAGCCUACCCUUUCCGGACAGGUAAAGCUAAUUGACUUGAGUUCUCCUCUUAUCACUCUGAGUCCUGAUGUGAACAAAGAAAAUCUGGAUUCCCCUCUGCUUAAGUUCUGAACUUGAGUUGAAAUGAAGAAUUCUUGGCAUCUGUGACCUUUAAGGCGUUUAGGUGUUACCCUUCACUCAUACUGCUUUAUGAAGAUAGUUCAACAGAUACUUCGUAGCUGUAACAAACAGAAUUCUCACAGUCCUGGUAUAGUCAAACCAAGUCUGAUUUAAUGCUCUUUGCAUGCAUAUGCCACAAUGGAUGUACUUAAACUUUGCCUUAAGGCAAAAAAGGAUAUCCUCUGUUUUAGAAGCCUGUCUU